AUGGCGUCAAAUUAUUUUCCGGUGGGAUUGCUGGACCAGCCAUGGGGUGAGGACGAUUCACUCGGCACAUUGUCGUCGCUGGAGAGGCGGCAGAGAAAGGCCGCGGAGAAGUCGGAUAUCAACGCUUUUUACAAGUUCCUGGGUAUCGUGUUUGUAACAUUGACCCUCCUUUUGCUCGGUAGUGAACUCUACACAGUCGCCACGGAGCCGUCGCGCGGUCUUACUGGUGCAUUCUUUUUGGAGAUAGGGCGGAUGUCUGGAGUUGCUUACGGGCAGCUGCAGAACCUGUACAAGGCAGUUGGUGAUGUUGCCUGGACUGGAAUUGCUGUCGUCUAUGGCCACGAUUUUGCUCAGCGAGGUGUAAGCAUCACGGAUGGCGCAGCGCAACUCCUUGCGAAUGGGCUGUAUUAUCUCGCUUUGGCGUUAUCGGUCCUCAUCAUGUAUUACGCACAUCCCGCCGUAGUCUGCGCGCCGCUGCGCACAGCGGCCCUUAGCACCCUAACUGCCGGCGGCCUGUUCGGGGCACCGACGCUUUAUGCAUGGCUCGUCUCGCGCCUGUGCAAGACGCGGAGCCCAGAGCCGGUAGUCCUUUGGGCGCUUCUUUUUGCCGGCAUGAUGUGCUUCGCAUCACUCUCCGUAGUGAGGACAGUAGGCAUCCGUCCAGGUGAUGCGCCACAUCAUGCUCCAGGGGUGGCCAGCUUGUCGCGGCACCGCAGCUCAGCGGCACUACGAUGCCAGCGGCCGAUGACAGCGAGUGCUGCCUCGGCAAUGGGCAGCGGCGGAGCCGCUGGCAACGCCGCCUCCACCGGAAGCAGCGGGCAUAGGCGCAGCGCGCAGAGCCGUACAACGUCAGUAGGGCGAAAUGGCGGUGGCAGUGGAAGCGGAAGCAUCGCCGCUGCGGCGGCGAUGGCACGGGGGGAUGCGAUGCAGCCGCCGUCCAUGGCGCGUUCGGGCUCUUCGGCUAGCUUGACCGUGUCUGGGGGUUUACUCGCGGCUUUUAGUUGCCUGUCUGGGGCCAGCACGCCGGGGAGUACGGCGGACCCUGUCGGCAUGCAGGCCUCCGUACGAGCCGUACACCGCACCACCGGCAGUAGCGGCGUCAGCGGCAGCCGUAGCACCGCCGACCUGACCCCUGCCCCACAUGCCAGUGGUGGGGUCCCUCCUAAUCCUACUAGUUCCAUGGUGACUAAGCGCGGCGCAGCAGCAGCAGCAGCAGCAGCGGCACAGCGGGGAACAACUGGUGGUGGGGCUGCCGCUACCGGACCAUUCUCGUCAUCGUCAUCGUCGUCGUUCGCACCGUCAGCAUCGGCUGCUGCGGCCGUGGACGGUCGCGACCGACCCACGGGUCACGCGUACGGGUUGCCUGCAUGUUUUGACCCAGUUGGGGUGUCAUCUAGCAAGCUGGCUGGGAGCUCGGCGCCUCCGCGGAGCUCCGGGACGCGGCGGGCAAUGUCAGCGGUUCUAGGCGGUACAGCAGCAGCAGUAGCUGGUUUUGGCAGCGGUAGCAGCAGCAACAGCAGCUGUAGCGCGUCUGCAGCUGCCAAGCUCAACACGAGCAAUAGCAGUAGCAGCAGUAAGUACGUUAUCGUACAACCGCCGCCACCGCCACCUCCGCGUAAAUCGCAUGUCCAGAUUGCGGACUCUUCUGUAGCGGCUCCUGCUGCUGCUGCUACUGCCACCCCCGCCAGCGGUGCUCAGCCGGCAGGCGGCGGCGGCGCCGCCGCCGCCGCCACAGCAGCGGUGACCUCGAGCCAGAGCUCUGUCAGUCGCAAUCCCUGGCUUAACCCUAACCCCGCGAUAAAGCUUGCUGUCGGACUGCCCAAGGGCCUUAAAAGUGCACCUGCUGCCGGCAGGCAAUCGCAAUCUAUGCCUAUGUCCGUACAUCACCCGGCAGCAGCAGCAGCAGCGGCGGCGGCGGAAGCCCCAGCAGGAGCGGCUCGCAGUAGCGGCGGCGGCGGCGCCGCCGCCAUGCAUUCCUUGGUGGCGUCAUCCGCUCGUUCCAUAAGCUACGGCGGCUCCGCAGCUGCUACUGCUAGUGCUACUGCCGGCGUCACGUCUGCGUAUCCGUCGAUUGUGGACAGCGAUUCUCACGCCUAUGCGCGCCCACCGAUAUUCGGAAAUACCGCUGCUGCUACUGCCACUACGGCGGCACCGCACCUCAGCAGCGAGCCCGUUGCCACCGCUGCGGUGGCCGCAGUAGCAGCAGCCCCUGUGUUGGGCGUUCCCGCGAGCGUUUUCCUGCAACCCCACACACAGGAACAGCUCCGAAACCAUUUUCAGUCAAACUCUGCAACAACAGGCCCGGAUUCCUUUAUCUCAACUACCUUCAUCUCCUCUGACGCCUCGGUGGGCCCGCUGGUGGCGCACAAGCACGCAUCCGGCGAUCUGGACAUUGCAAACGUAGCCGCGAACUACCAUCCCUACCCGUCAGCCGUAACGACGCCUAGAAACGAGUUUUCAACGGUACCCAUCCUCCGGGCGGCGGAGUCCGAGUCGACGGACUCCUUCUCGCUUUUCUCGACGCCGCCGCCGCCGCUGAUCACCUCCGAAGCCGCCGCCGCUGCAGCUGCCAGCAUAGACCCAGCCGUUGGCCUGAUGCCGGCGGACGCUGAACCUGCGCCCCGCGGCGUCAGCACAGGCGCAGCGGGACAUGUGCUGUACGGCUCGUACGGAAUGUACGGCGGUCACUACACUGCCCUGCCGUCGCUCGGUGGAGAUCCGGUUUGGAGCCAUAACGUGCCGUCCGUCUUUGGCGUGCCGCCGGGUCUAAAGGGUGCCAGGGCGGCAGCGACGGCGGCAAUGGCGCCGCCGCCAGGAUUUCCCAGCCACGCGUACGGCGGCGUUUUCGCGGCAGGUCCAGUGUCCGGCGGCGGCGAUGGCUGGGAGCAGUCGGCAGCGGCGGCAGCCGCCGUCGUCGCCACGACAGCGUCCAGCACCCUGUCUGCCGCGCUGCCGCUGCCGCCGGCGGGCAAGAAUGACGUCCUGGCGUCCUUGGGGUUUGUAGACGACGGCGCCGACGCCGCCGCCGAUGGCGCCAGUGGCGGCGGAGGUGGCAGCAGCGAGGACGCCGGCGCGUCAUGCGCCAUCUGUUGGUCCGAGCCGCGGCAAGUGGGCUUCCUGCACGGCAAGACCAGCCACCUUUGCGUGUGCCGCCGCUGUGCCGCCAAGCUUCGGGAGGGCGUGCACCGCUGCCCCAUGUGCCGACAGCUCAUAGAGCGGAUCAUUGACAUCUACUAG